AUGAGAGAGAGUAGCCAUAGACCUCUCAUAUUUGGAACCCCUUUCCUGUCUACUGUGGGUGCCAUAUUUGAUUUCCCCAAUCAAAGAAUCUCUUUCAACAAGGUGAACAAGGGUAUGUUCUUCCCUAUGUGUUCAACAAAGAACUCUUUUGUUGACAUGGUCCAAGAGGAGAAAGUUACUUUGAAGCCACCCCAAGAAGGAGAAACUGAAGAAACAAUCAAGGAAGAUCCCAUUCCUAAGCCCAAGCAGCUUGCCAAACAAGCAAGGAGUAAGACUAAGGCCCCUACACCAAAACCGCCCAAGGGAUCAACCAAGAUUGAAGAUGAGGCCAAGCCAAGAAGAAGGUUAGAAAACCUAGGCAUUUGUGCCAAGGGACAUUCAUGGAGAGAUUGUCUAUCCAGCUGUGAAUCACCCACCAGAUACUCAUUGCAAGGAGAAAAGACUUGGAGGAUCAAAGAUGCCUCUUGUCUCCAUCUUCUCCUGAGCGCCAAGCCUUACAGUCAAGCUAAAGACUUAAAACAAGCGCUGCAUGGGAGGCAACCCAUGAGGAUAGAAGGAGAAAAAGGUGUGAAAACACAAUCCGCGCCAAACAUUGGCCGCGGACGCGCAAAAGUGAUUUUGGCCGAGCAAUUCCAUCGGGCCGACCACGGUCGAGCCGGGAAGGAACGGCUAUGCUCGGCCGGACUGACUUGCGCGACAAAACCGUUCGCGCGGCACGCACGAACCGGGAAGAAUAGGCCGCUCGGCCGAAUUUUCGUAUCGGAACGGACCGACCGUGCCGGUCGAUCCGGGAAACAAACGAUCGGCCUCGGCCGAAAUCUCUCGGCCAUACUCGGAUUUGGCCGACCAAAUCGCUCGACCGCGACAAAAUCCAUCGGCCAUCGGCCAAAAAUUUUCUCGGCCAAGAGAGGAGAAGCUGAGGUCUUCUGCUUCGUCGGAGGCGGUCGGCGGCAGUUGGUGGCGGCAGAGAGAGCUCGACAGAGAAAUGGAAACAUAGGCAGAGAGAUCUCGGCGGAGAGAGCUCGUAGGAAGAAAGGAAACAGAGGAGAAGGCUCAGAGGAGAAGGGGAAACGAUUGCGGAGAGAGAUCGGAGAAGAAGUUGGCGGCGAUGAGAAGCCGACGGAGGAGAUGACACCGGAGGAGAAGACGCCGGCGCAGGACAAGAAACCGGAGGCGGAGGUUUGUCGAAGAGAGGAGAGAAGAGAGAGGCGGCAGCAGGAAGGCGGAUUAGGGUUUCUCGCGGAAAUAAACGCAGGUUAUUAUAUAGAAUCUACGGGCCUCGCAAAACCCUCGCAAAUUACCCGCAAAUUUGUGAUGGAUUUACGAGAAACAAUAAGCGACGGAAAAUUUUUAGGGUUUCUGGCAACGGCGACGGAUUUGCGACGACAAAGAGGCGACUUCAGGGUUUGCAACGACUUUGCGACAGUAUGCAAACGGAUUUGCGACGACUUUGCAAGGAUUUUGUGA